AUGUCGUAUCCAUAUACCACCGCCCAACAACAACACCGCUCAUUUUCUCAGCCCACUCACGGACAUGUCUCUCGAUGGCCCGAAGAUAGAAAUUUUCCGGACGCAGAAGCCUCUUUCUCUCGUCAUCACGACAGGGACUACAGAACCUCUUUGGCCGCUCAAUCUGGAGACAGAACAUGGAAUGAGGGAGAACCGUACCGCUUCGGUCAGCCACAAGGGCCCGCCGAUGACCGCGACGGGAUUUAUACAAAAAGUCGAGGUUAUCGUAAUCUCACGCAUAACAGAUCUGAUAGAGAAAGGGAGUACAAUCAAGGACAGAGCAGUCGGGCAGGAUUACAUGCAGAUCCCAAUAGUGUAAAAGACCGAUUUACAUACGACCGUAGUCGUAACACUUAUACGCCUCCCCAUCAACGGACCGUAUUUCCGCCACUACCCCCUCAUGAUAUUCCACCUUUUCCGCCUUCAUUGCCAACUCUGCUACCUCGCCGACCGCUGUCGCCGUCAAAAUCAGGCUUUGCGUCUCAAUCGCGUCAGCUCAGCUCGCAAGCCGAUAGACCUCCUUUCCGCCGUGACAGAACUGUUACUCCCCCACCUGUCACCCUACCGUCAACCGAUUAUCUAGCACUUCUACGUCCCACUAAACCUCUGAAAGACAACAUACCCGUACCGAAACUGUUAGUACUGGAUCUAAACGGCGCUUUGGUAUUCAGAAAUCGUUCUUCAGACGGGAAGAAGUCUUAUCCACGACCGUAUCUUUCCUGUUUCCUUGAAUAUCUUUUUCUGCCGACCAAUGAGGAAAGGGCAUGGGAGGUCUUUGUCUGGUCGUCGGCUCAGCCACAUAACGUGAGGGGAAUGGUAGAAAACGCCUUUGGACCUAGAUUUAUCGACGGUGUUUGGGAGGAGGAAACUGAGAGGGGAAGAAUAGCAAGAGAAGCCGGUGAAGGCCGAUUACUGGGUGUAUGGGCAAGAGAUAAAAUGGGUCUAGGAGCUUCUGAUUACUCAAGAAAGGUUCAAACCACGAAAGAUCUACGAAAGGUACUGGAUCAUGUCCAAUAUCUCACACCUCCGCGUGACUUUGAUGAACGUACUAUCGUUCUACUAGACGAUUCACCUUUGAAAGCGAUUUAUCAACCUUUCAAUCAGAUCGUGAUACCAGAAUACGGGAAAGAAGAGUACUCAGACUCUAAAUCCGUGGCCGGUUUAGUGGAUGCUGGAGUCGGAUCUGAACAAGAUGGAAUGGACAGAACGCUUCUAGCUGUCAUUGGUGUACUAGAUGAUUUGAGGAACAUAAACAACGUACCGGCUUGGGUCAGGUCAGGCGGUUUGAUAAAUUCGACAAAUCAGGUUGCAAAGGACACGAAAUUAGAAGACUUACCAAGUCACGAUCAGUUCAAACAUUGGUUCAAAGAUCCGUCAGUAUUACAAUCGUGGAUUGAGAAAGGCGAAACGGCUCUGAAUAGGAGAGGGAUUCUACUUUCUCAUGGUAUAACACCGGAACAAACAUCCCGUCAAUCAAAAGGCUCUUCUCCUACAAGAAAAGAUUUAUCACCUGCGAGAUCUCAUAACAGAAGGGGUUAUCAUACAAGUAUUGGAAUAGACGAAGAUGAACUCCCUGAUCUGCGACCUAUGGAUGUCGCGAAAUACCUGGAUGAUUUGAUAUCUGGAACGACUGUCCUUACUCUUAAACAGAAAGAUUCUCUCAGGUUAGCGAGAGAGGUUCUAUCUGACCUUGAUUCGGAUGGUCAACAUCAUCUUUCGCACAACUCUAUACAAGAGCUGGCUGUACCCAAAAGCAUCGCCAACCACACUCCUCCUACCCAAGCUAGAAAGGCGAAUGGCAGUAAAAAAGGAGAAGUAUUCAAGGACGCUUUUCAGCUAGCGAAGGAGUCAAACCCUGAUUUAACGAAGAAAAAGUUCCGCGCUAUGAGGAAGGAGGGAAGAGAAAAUGGCCAGGCGGCACAGGCGGAGAAAGACGAGGAGACAGAGGAUGACUUAGAAGAUGAACUCGAGGAGAUCUCCCCUGCGAAAUUUUAUCAAUCGCAUGACACAGAAGCGCCGCCUAUAGGAGCUAAUGAGAUAGACAGAGAGAGGUCUAGAAGGAAUCAUAGAAGCGGUAUCUCAAGCACGUCAGUUGAGAGAGAAAGAGAUGAAGUGAGUAAGAAACUUCGAUCGGACAGCUGGUCAGGUUAG